GUGCAUGGCAGUGGGCGGGGAUAUGCUCUCUGUCUCCUCCAGUACUGACUAGGAAAGUAGUAAACGUCUUUUAUUAUCCCAGCAGCAGCAGUAACAGCAGCAGCUGCAGAGUGCGGGUAGCAGCUCGGUCAGGCCCUGAGUGAGGAUUGUGCACGUUACAGGCAAAAUUGAGACCUCCGGAUUCAACAUGUCUGCACUUAACUGGAAACCAUUUAUAUAUGGUGGUCUGGCCUCCAUUACAGCGGAAUGUGGCACUUUUCCCAUAGACUUGACUAAAACACGCCUCCAAGUGCAGGGUCAAGCUAAUGAUGCAAAGUACAAAGAAAUCCGCUACCGAGGAAUGUUCCAUGCACUUGUUAGAAUAUGCAAAGAAGAAGGUUUGAAAGCACUGUAUUCUGGAAUUGCUCCAGCAAUGCUUCGCCAGGCAUCCUAUGGCACUAUUAAAAUUGGCACUUACCAGAGCAUGAAGAGGCUAUUUGUUGAUCGCCCAGAAGAUGAAACGUUGGUUCUUAAUGUAUUUUGUGGUGUCUUAUCUGGAGUAGUUUCUUCAUGUAUUGCCAACCCCACCGACGUGCUAAAGAUAAGAAUGCAGGCACACGGCAGCCUGAUCCAAGGAGGAAUGAUUGGAAACUUCAUCAGUAUUUACCAGCAGGAAGGAACAAGAGGGCUGUGGAAGGGGGUAUCACUGACUGCACAGAGAGCGGCUAUUGUUGUGGGAGUGGAGUUACCGGUGUAUGACAUCACCAAGAAGCACCUAAUCCUGUCUGGACUGAUGGGUGACACAGUCUACACGCACUUUCUGUCGAGUUUCUCUUGUGGCUUGGCAGGAGCACUAGCUUCAAAUCCAGUUGAUGUUGUGAGAACGCGGAUGAUGAACCAAAGGUCAAUUUGUGACGGGUCCAGCUACAAGGGCACGCUAGACUGCUUACUGCAGACCUGGAAGAAUGAAGGCUUUUCUGCUUUGUACAAAGGUUUCUGGCCAAACUGGUUGAGACUGGGACCCUGGAAUAUUAUUUUCUUUAUAACCUAUGAACAGCUCAAGAAACUGAACCUAUAAUGGUGUGGGAUUCUGUGCAGCUAGCAGUCCUUUUUUUUUUUUUUUUUUUUUUUUAAAUGCCAGGAGCCAUAUAGAAUUUCAUACCUCUGUGCUCCAAUUCUCCCAAGAGGUCACCAGAGGAAUGUGUGAAUAUAUGAAGAGCUCUGACACUCUCGGAGACCAGGUGGACAAGCCCCCUGACCAUAUUAAAGAAUUUUUCUUUAGAAAAACAUAUUUAUUAUAUUUCAAAAGACCGUAACGGAUGCCUGGAUUGUGGUUGCCAAUGACAGCAUGGAUGACACAUACUAUGGAUUCCUUUCAGAGAGAUGAGAGGUUUUAAUGGUCAUCAACUGAUGGAAGGCGUUCAGCAAAUUCUAUAUUUUUAUACGUGUAUACUGACAUUUUUUAUGUUUCACAGCCCAAUUUUUGUAGAAUGCUAUUUAUUGCUAGGUAUAAAACCAAAAUUCUUCCCUUACCCCCAUCCUGCCAAGCUAGUUAUUAAGCCUUUGUAAUAUUUUAGACCAUUUUCUAAUUUGGCCAAGUUACUGAAUAAUAUAUCCAGAAGUAUUUUUAUUUUUAAGUUGUUACAUUGUCAAACAAUUCAUGUAAUUUAUUAUCACUGUCUGUAAAAGUCUACAGAUCCCAGUUUUUGUAUCACAACAUACCCUGUGUAUCUUCUAUGUUUUUUAUAUGUUCAAGAAUGCAGUAUCAACAUAAGUGAUUAUUUUGUAAGUUUGCUGCGCUAGUGCAUUGCAACAUUUCAGGGAAUGUAGAAGCUACUUUUUUCAGUUGCACUUCUGAAACCACAAUGAUUGUAGUGCAUCUAAAGGAAUACACAAUUAUAGUACGAAUAGUUGUAAUACUAUAUCUUGGGCCGACAAGAAUGUAAAAAUACUUUCUGUUCAAAUAAAAGCCCAUUUAUGUGGUGGAACCUGAUCCGUCCCAGUAGAUUUGAAGCUGUACAUUCCACAUAGUCUCCUGGCAUUCACAGGAAGGUGACAUUU